AUGACGCACUUAGAAAAAAUGACAGCCUUGGAAUCUGAAGUUCUUGAUUCAUCUAUGAAACAGCGCGCCGUGUCCCCGCAGAGCAAGCAGGAAAUCCACCGCCGCUCCGCCCGCCUGCGCAACACCAAGUACAAGUCGGCGCCGGCCGCGGAGAAGAAGGUGUCCACCAAGGGCAAGGGCCGCCGGCACAUCUUCAAGCUGAAGAACCCCAUCAAGGCUCCUGAGUCUGUAUCCACCAUAAUCACAGCAGAAUCUCUCUUUUACAAGGGAGUGUACUAUCAAAUUGGAGACGUUGUUUCAGUGAUGGAUGAGCAGGAUGGAAAAAUGUACUAUGCUCAGAUUAGGGGAUUUAUUCAGGACCAAUACUGUGAAAAGAGUGCUGCACUGACGUGGCUUAUUCCUACCCAAGCCAGUCCCAAAGACUGUUUUGACCCUGCAUCCUAUAUCAUUGGACCAGAAGAAGACCUUCCAAGGAAAAUGGAGUAUUUAGAAUUCAUCUGUCAUGCACCUUCAGAAUAUUUCAAAUCUCGAUCAUCUCCGUUUCCUACUGUUCCUACUAGACCAGAAAAAGGCUAUAUCUGGACUCAUGUUGGACCUACUCCUGCAAUCUCCAUUAAGGAAACUGUUACCAACAAUUUAUAAUUUCCUUUCCUUUCUUUUUUAAGGAUAUGCCAAAACCGGUAUUUACUGAAUUCUCAGUUUUCACCUGUGGACCUUUUACAAGCUGCUCUAAAAAUCUUUUUUUAUAAAGCAUUCAGUUGGCCAUGUGGAUUAAGGAGGCUUAUUUAUUUUAAAUUAUCUAACUUUAGAAAGAGAAGUUUCUUCCAACUGAAUGUUUCUGUUUCCCUCCCCUCUUCCAUUCAAAACCCAGUUCUUCUUUCAUCAUUGCUUGGUUAGAAAAAACAAGAUCUUUAUUUUUCUUUCUACUGAUGACUGACUUCUCACAGUUGCUUGGGAAUGUAAAUUUAUAACAUUUUCCAGAGUGACUAGCAUAAGUUAAUAUCCGUAAAAGCAUGGACCAUCACUACUUACACAACUUUCGAUGUAGAAAGUGUUGGGUAUAUUUUUUAUUCUCAAGUGACUAAAGACUAAAAUUGAUGUUAAUGUCUUUAAAAAAAUGAAAGUAAUUUCAAAUAAAACUUGAAGGUUUAAACUGGAUCGAUAAAAUUACCACAUUUCUGCCUUUGCCAAGAUUCCUGCAUAUGUAGUAGUAAGAAAUUACUAGACCAUGGUACAAAAACAGUGUUACCCUCAGCCAACACAAAUGCAUGCACAUGAGGCAUCUAGGAAAGAAGUUAUCCUGAAUUAGAAGUGAGAUGAAAUUCCCUGGGGGUUGGCUGCAUCAUGUGCUCACAGCUUGGUCUUCCUCUGGGCAGCUGGGACUGUUUUCUUUGUGCGUCUAAGGUCUUGCUUUUGAGUGUUGCUAUGCUCUUAAUAAAUUUGUUCUCUCCUUAAGAAUCUGAUCAGGUACACUGACCUAAAUGUUAUAAGUAGGUACACAUAGCUUCUAUAAAACUGCAUAGUAGGAGAGCAUGUCAGUUGAAGCUGAAUAUAGUGAUAAAACUAAAAAUAAUUUUUAGUCUGCUGCACUCACAGCAAGAAUUUGCUGAGUAGAGCAACAUGCAGGAAACAGAAACAUAGCUAGGUUUAAGAUCUCAUGAGCCUUAAAGUACCCAAUACUUGAGAGUGCCUUACUGAUAUGACUUAUGUGUAAAUGUGUGCUAGAUCAUUAAAUUGGUUUCAAAUGC